AUGAAACAACCAAAAAAGAAAGCGCGUCGUCGGGACGAGUGGAAAAAUGCAGUCAUCAGUAAAGUAGGUCUGAUGACCAGGCGGUUGCCAAUCAAAAAUGCUACAAAGGCUGCGAAGACAGCUGUUACUGCUGCAGGUGUGGUACUAGCCGGACCAAUCGUGUCGUUUCUCCCACUUGGCCCCUUCACCGCCAUCCUAUCGUUACUAGCCACGUCCAUUGCGAGCAGUCACUUGAAACACAGGAUCAUUGGUGGCGUCAUUGCUUUUUUGUAUGCAGGUGGGCUCCAUGGGUUUGAAGGACAAUUGCUGGCGCUGUUGAGCUACUUUAGCUUUACUUCUGCCUUCGAUAAGCUUUCUGGAACACUUGAUGCCAUGUACAAGGAGUCUGCCUUCACAAUUGGAUUUUCUCGACCGGAAUCAACACAGUUAUUUCUUUUUGUUCUCUCCGAGCUCCUCGAGCUUCCUUGGGCGAUACCGGUUGUCGUCCGCGCAGUUUGCAACAAUGUGUCGCAACUGGCUUCUCAAUCAUAUGCCACAAUUUCGAGCACAAAACCGUCAUUCGAUACAUCGAAACCACCCUUGAGGUUGCUCAUUCAGACACUGAGCAACCUGUACACCAUGGAUAAAUUUGCGGAUGACGAUGUGGAGAGCCUGAACUCGAGCCAAGAUAUCCAAAACAGCAUACCUUCAAGCAUCACCCCAAGUCUUUCGCCAGAAAUCCCGAGCUAUGAAUGUUCGCCAGAGGAGUGGUCAGAGGAGCGAGAGGUGGACGAAGAUACAUAUGAUGAUGAACCUUGGAAAGGCGGGUCCUUAAAUGAUGAAGAAAGGCGUACUCAAGCACUAUUCAAUGAGCUGAAUCAUCUGAUCGAUGAAUGCGACGGGCUGAAUAGUGCGCAGUGGAAUGAAGUCAUUGAGUUGUUGAAUGGAAACGAGGGCUUCAACGUUGACCGAGGAGAGUGUAUGGUCUCAGCGCAUUUUGAGGAUUGGGCACAGCGGGAUGCAGAGAUAGAGUUGUCAGUUUUAUACCCCACCAUUUGA